CAGCCGCAUCUCUCCCGCACCGCUCUUUGGGUUUUGACAGGUUUCACUGAAUCCAGACAGAGGACACCAUGUACGGCUCCUAUUCCGCCCGUUCAAUGUCCACCGCGUCCCUGCCAGGAGGCUUCAGGCGGGGUACGAGCGUCCACGGGGGUGCGGGUGGAUUCAACACCCGCGUAUCGUACGCGUCCAAUGGCCUCGGUUCUGGCUUCGACUUGGCGAGCGCGCUCGGAAGCGGCGCCGGCGGCGCGGGCGACGCGGGCAGCUUCUCCAUCUCUGGCAGCGAAAAGCACACCAUGCAGAACCUCAACGACCGCCUGGCCACCUACCUGGAGAAAGUGCGCAUCCUGGAGGGUGCCAACACAACCCUGGAGCGUCAAAUCCGCGAGUGGUACGACAAGCAGGCCCCCGCCGUCAACGACUACAGCAAGUACCAGGCGCCCAUCGAAGACUUGCGCAAAAAGAUCGGUGUUGCCACACAGGACAAUGCCAGGCUGAUGCUGCAGAUUGACAACGCCAGGCUGGCCGCAGAGGAUUUCAGGAUCAAGUUUGAGAAUGAGCAGGCGGUGCGCAUGUCGGUGGAGGCGGACAUCGCCGGCCUGCGCAAGGUUCUGGAUGAACUGACCAUGUCGAGGUCCGACCUGGAGAUGCAGGUGGAGGGCCUGAAGGAGGAGCUAGUCUACCUGAAGAAGAACCACGAAGAGGAGAUGGCAGCCAUGCGCAGCCAAGUCAAUUCCAGCACUGUCAGCGUGGAUUUUGACGCCAAACCUCAGGUCGACAUUGCCAUCACUAUAGAUCAGAUCAGAUCUCAGUAUGAGAGCAUCAUUGAGAAGAAUCGCCGCGAAAUGGAGGAGUGGUACAAGGUCAAGUUUGACAACCUGAACAGCCAGGUGGCAUCGAGCACAGAGACACUCCAGAGCUCCCGAAGUGAGAUCAAUGAUCUCAAGAGGACCCUGCAGUCCUUGCAGAUCGAGCUGCAGUCCCAGUUGAGCCUGAAAUCUGCCUUGCAGGGUCAGCUGGCAGAGACAGAGUCCAACUACAACCUGAAGCUGUCCCAGCUCCAGAGCCGGGUCUACACCCUGGAGGAGGAACUCAAAAAUCUGAGGGGCGACAUCGAGAGGCAGGCCUAUGACUACAAGGUGCUGUUUGAUAUGAAGACCAGGCUGGAGAUGGAGAUCGCAGAGUACAGAAGACUGCUGGAUGGAGAGGGGCAAGGGUCACAGGUCGUCAAAGUAGUGGAGGUGAAACAGGCCGCAGUUGUGGAGGUCAAAGCUAAACCAGUCGUAACCCAGAGGAGGAGGAUUUUGAUUGAGGAGAUAGUUGACGGAAAAGUGGUCUCCCGCACAGAAGAUGUAAACACAGAGGUCAUUGAGUAGAUGUACCGGAUGCCAAUGGAUCAAAUGACAAAAUUACAAUAAAAGCUCUUUUCUUGUUUCUGACA